GCAUCAGCCGCAGCGCGCCGUCAAUCCAACGCAGAAGAAGAUGAGCUAGUUUGCGGGAAAAGUGAAGCGGAUCAUUUGCGUAUUUACAACUUUGGACUCAAAACGAGCUUUUUUAAAAAUUCACCAUGGAAAGUCCAAAGGCCGCAGAUGUUAAAAAGGGGAUCUCAGUCCUUUGGGAGACUCUGCAGUGUCCGAUAUGCUUGGAUUUAUUGACUGUACCGGUAUCCACCAAGUGUGACCACCAGUUUUGCAGAUUUUGUAUAAUGAAACUCGUGGACAACUCCAAACAAAACAGGGCCAACUGUCCAGUGUGCAAAACCAAGAUAACCAAAAGGAGUUUGCAGGUCAGCCCUGGGUUUCAGAGACUUGUUGCAGGACUGCAGGACAUGAUACAAGCAUAUGAACAUGACACUGGCACAAACUACUUCACUGGAAUGUCCCUGCAAGAAAAACAGCAAGGUGUCACAGAUGCCGAAGCAACCAAACCUCAUGUGUUAUCUGGAGAAACGACCCACACUGACCAUGACUAUGUGGAAAACGAAGACCAAGAUGAUCUUCCACGGUCUCACUCUUCAACUAUAGCAGCCCAGAAUGAAUUUGCAAGACUCAUGGAACUUGAAGACUCGACUCCUAUGACGACAGAAAACGAAGGCCUGGACAGCGGCAUUGGGGACGCCUUGCCGACUUCUGACAAGAAACUAGAACCAGUAGAAACAGAAAUGUUAGAAGCUGUGGAAAAAGCAUCAACACACACAUCAAUUCCUGAAGAGACAGAAAAUCAGCCUUUAAGAAAGUCUUUGCGGAAGAAGCAGAAAAAGGAUCUUGAGUCCGACAAGAUUCUUGAGCGGAAACGGAAGAAAAGUCUUGAAAAAGUUGCUGAGUGGCUUAUGAAAGUUCCAUCUGAGGGAAGUCUCGAAUUAGAAAAACCAGACAAAGACCCAGAUGAAUCUGAUAGCUGUUCCUCCACCUCAACAAUAGAUCUAAAGCAACACAUUAAUGAUAUUAAUUCUAAGAGAGAGGAUCGUGCCAAAGCACUCGAAGAGCAUGUUUUCGGAGCCAUCUACAAACGAGACAGAAGAGGAAAGAGGAACAGCUCUCAUCCACUUUUUGUUGAGCCAAAAAUGAUAAAACAGAAAACAGGCUCUGAGGAUGAAAAUCGAAGCGACUCUGAGGAAGGACAACUGUUAACAGAAGACGUAAAUGAUAGCAGUGAAAAGUCAGAACAGAUGGAAGACUUGGAGGAAAAUGAUGUUGACAAAGGUGAGAUUCUUGAGUCGGCGUCUGAACCACAGCAACCACAAAGAAUGUCAAAGAAAAGAAUGCAAAACGCUCUGCAGCAGGUUGACAGUGAUUUACAGAGACAAGCUGAGGCACAGUCAGAAAAAACUGAGCCAAAGAAGACUGACAGGAGGAAAGGUAAAAACACAAGGUCAGAAAAAGGCAAACCUGCAAGAGUGUCGAAGCCCCUUGUUCUCAUUGGAGUUAAAAAUGGAAAAACCAAUCCAAAGACUAGAGUGAGGUCAGAAGAAGUUCAGGUUCAAAUUGAGAACUAUCCGAGCAGUGAGGACAAAGAAACCCCCACACUGAGGAGCACCAGGAGAAGCAGAAGGCUUCAGCUCUUUGCAGAGGAAGUCCAGGACGGUCACAAGAAACCAAACUCGAGAACUACUCUUAUUGAAAAAGAUGUCACACAGCAGCAGGAGGAAGUUGAGGGUGAAACACUGGAUAAAAUAGAAUCACCUAAGAGUGAAAAGAUGGCUAAAAGAAAUGGAUGUGUUUAUGAGGAAGAUUUAGGAGGAAUUGAAAACAUGGAGUCUGGUGAGAGAGCUCGCCGAGAAGACUCCAUUGCUGAAGUGCAGAAUUUGCCGAAUGCUGAAACUCUCUCUGAAGCUAGUGUUGGUUGUUCUGUCCCAGUUGUCCCAAGUUCUCAAUGUCCAACUGAAGCAACUGUGCUAGGUCCAACACUUGAAAAUAAAAAUCUGACUGAUCGAUCCUCCAAAAAUAUUGAGUUGAAAACAUCAGCUUGCGAGUCCAAAUGCACAGUAACAGAGAAAGAGGAGGAAAAGAAUGACAGCGAGCUGGACACAGAACAACUGCUCCAGAGCUUCAAAGCCACAAAAAGGAAAUCUUUCCAUCUCGGCGGUCCGAAAGGGAAAAGAGCUCGUAGCUCAGGACAUGGAAACACGCAGGGUGCUGAAGGAGAGGAGAAUGAUUUUGUUAGUUCUAGUGUUGAAUCUGCAAAAAAACAGACGUACAAGAAAACAUCUGUCAUCUUCAACCAGGAGGCACUAAAAGAUGAUGAAAACUCAUCGUGUAGUGACUUGAUUUCUCCUUCUGUCUCACCAACACUGAAAAGAAAAACAGAUCAAGUGGUGGUUGAAGCCUUGAUCCCUGUCACCAGUAGUUCAGGUCAUCACGGUCCUGCUGGUAACUGUCUCUCCAGGAACAGUCAGAGCAGCGUCCUCACUCCUAAUCAAGUCUCAAAACAUGAAAUUGAAAUUCCUCAUCUUUCCGUCGUCCCUCAAUUAGUAGAUUCCGUCCUCCACUUCACAGCUGUUGAGCAGGAGGAGGUAAACGAAGCCUCAAAGAGCUCUCAAAACCAUCAGCUUGAUUGUUCAGUGAAGGAUGCUGGGAAAUGGAAGGAGAUUAGAGACAGCAUUUCUCCUGGAAAACAUUCAGACAACACGGCUGAAGGUAUCUUAGUUGCUGAGUCUUCUUUAACUCCUGACGGCCUGGUAACACCACUUGUCCCGGCGGUCGAUGGAAGCGGAGAGCUCAGUGCACACUCCUCCAUCAAGAACAACCUGAGGAAGAGGAGAAGGACUCAGAGGCUGGAGUCUUCAUCCGAGUCAGAUAGUGCUGGAUCCAGAGAAGAAUUACCUACGCUGACUCAAAUCUUUGGAACGUCGGCUCUUCCGGCUGCUGUGACCCAGGAUCAGGGAGACUCCAAUGGAUGUGAGGCUGCAUGUGUUCCAGCUGAUGCAGCAGAACGGUUGAGCCGUCCGCCUGCAUGCCCGAGUCCCGACUGUGUUAACUCCAGCCAAGGGUCUGUGGACUUGUUCGGAACGCCAGAUGAAUGUGGUGUUCCAGUAAAUGGAAACACUGACAUGGAGUCAUCACUAUUUUCAAGUGAAGUCCUUGUCACGCAGCAAAAGAUACAGAUGCAGAAGGAGCUGGUGAGGCUGGAGAAGCUGAUGGCUCUGGUGUCAGAGGUGCUUCAAGAGAAAGAGCAAAGUCCUGCGAAAGAGACGAAUCACAGCAGCAAAACCACCGGCCCAGACACUCACGAACCUCUCCCGUGUAACCAGGAAGCACGGCAAGAUUCAGAACAAAAGCUGGCAGGGCAGUGCUCCACACUCACAGCACUGAGUGUAAAAGGCCCUGACGCCUCCAAGACGCCUGUUUUAAAUUCAGCAGCCAAGACCCUGAACAACUGUAAUUCACCCUCGGACGGACAAGAAGACAAAGAAAACGCCACACCUCCAAGAGACAGAAAUAAAGCCAAGCUGGUGCUUGUGUCGUCUGGAUUAGGGCCCAAUGAACAGAUACUUGUGAAAAAGUUUGCCAAGCGAGUCGGGGCUCGUGUGGUUUCCCAGGUGACACCGGAGGUCACACACAUCAUCAUGCGCACAGAUGAACAGCUGGUAUGUGAGCGCACGCUGAAGUACUUCCUUGGCAUCGCGGGCAGGAAGUGGGUCGUGAGUUUCCAAUGGAUUUCAGAAUGCUUCAAACAAAAGAAACUCCUGGAUCAGAGUCUGUUUGAAGUGAAAGGCGACGUAGUGAACGGACCAAACCACCAGGGCCCCUCAAGAGCUCGAACCACUGCAGACAAUGAAAUGGAGUGGAUGGUGGAGCUCUGUGGAGCAGCUGUAGUUAAAGAUCCACUUCUACUAGACAGUAAACAGAAGUCCCGUCAGCUGGUCGUUGUACAGCCUGGACCUGAGUCAUCAUCGUCCACCUUCAGCCGUCUCCUCAGACAAGCCAGUGUUGUGACACGUGGUUGGCUCUUGGACACAGUGGCAACCUACACCCUCCAAAACCUCAACAAAUACUCACUAUGACCACGUUGUCCUCUGUUCUAACCUCCACUGUACAUCUCCUGGGUUUUUUUUAUGUCCAAUAUUAUAAAUAAACAUCUGCUUAUACUGCUAUGCUGCAUGCAUAUGUAUUUUGUGCGCAUGACGCAAUGUAUGUGGAGUUGAAUUCAGAUAAGGUUCUUGAAUUUAGUUUUAAUAGCAAAGCACAAACAGAAAUGUUACUGCUUAAAUAGAACAUAUUCAAAAGGCAGAAAAUCUAAAUCCACCAUCAUAAUAAUAUCUAUGCAAGUUUUUCAGUUGAUAUUUUUAUUCUAUAUUUUUAGGAUAAGCAUGAAUCUUCUUUGACCUUUAAAACCAAGCGAGUGAAAUGCUGAAACUUAAAUUCAAUAUGCCCCGUCAUCAUCAAUAUGAUCCGUGCAGUUUGCAGAGAGAAUCAUUUACAGUAUUCACUACCUGCUGCCUCCUGUCUCUUGUAAUGUAUUUUAAUAAGAUCUUGUCAUCGCCAGUGUUCCCUCUGAUGUUCUGCGGUCCUGCCGCUGUUGUUUGCAGAUCCCCAGUGUAAUGCUAGUGUUCCUGGCCAUGGCAGAAAGCCUGUAGCUUCACCGAACACACA